AUGCGCCUGCGCACUGCGCCUUUGACCGAUAACUCUCCGGGGGAGUGCCGGGUAGACGUCACUCCAUUGUCGAAAACUACCACAACUAUCCCGAUUGGUGGCACCUCUGAACGCGCGCAAAUAGGAAAACUGUUACACCAACUGCCACAUCAAAAAAUGAUCAGGUCUUGCUCGUCCGUCUUCAGGUUUCGAUUGAACUCCGGCACGUUUGUUUCGAAGUCAGCAACUUCCAGCUAUUCCCUACCAAGCUUGGAUCGACGAAGGUAUUCUAUUUCGAAACCGGUCGUAUACUUGGAUCAUCCGCCGGAGAGCUCUGGUCUAGAGGGAAUCACUUAUCUCAACUUGAAUCGGCCCGAAGCCAAGAACGCUAUUUCAAUGGAACUACUGCAUCAAAUGUCUACCUGCUUGGGCAAAGUAAGGUUCGAUGGCACUCGUGUCUUGAUUUUAAAGUCGUCCGUAUCAGGAUCGUUUUGUGCCGGUGCGGAUCUCAAGGAGCGUCGCCAAAUGAGCAAGGUCGAAGUCUCAAAAUUCUUACACGACCUGCGUAACGCUUUACAUGAGUUGGACACGCUUCCAAUGCCCACGAUUGCUGCCAUCGACGGGCCUGCACUCGGUGGCGGGCUUGAGCUAGCACUAGCAUGUGAUCUCCGGGUCGCUGGCUUGGUGGAUUAUGUUUCUGAUGCUCAAGUCUCAGCGGCAGACCAUGCAAGCGAAGUCGCUCGCGGAAUUCUUCCAAAUGGGCCUGUGGCAAUCAAAGCCGCCAAGCUAGCCAUCAAUCGUAGCGUUGAGGUUGAUCUUGAAACCGGUCUUGACUUUGAACGACAAUGCUACAAUACAGUUUUGGAAACAAAGGAUAGGAUUGAAGGAUUGAAAGCUUUCAAUGAGAAACGCCAGCCGAGAUUCACAGGCGAAUAG